AUGGGUGGCGGCGGAGUGAAGGAGCGGGGCGAGAACCCGGUGCCCGGGCGGUGCUGCUUCUUCCUGGAGAAGAAGGGCCGCUUUUGUCGCGUGGAGCGGGUCAAGGGCGGGGGUGUUUGGCUCAUGUUCGCAUUUGCGAUAGAUUCGCGCUUCUGCGGGCAGCACGUGUCUGAUGCCACGUUUGUCCCCUGCCCCUACAGUGGUAGCCAUCAAGUGCGAGCCGACUUGCUGGAGCGUCACCUUCGCAAAUGCAACGAUCGCCCCCGCCCACCCCCGGCCUGGUUUAAGCAAGACGUGAAUAAUCUUGCAGCCACCACAACCAAUGGACCUUUUGCGCCCGCCCCACUCCUCAGCGAGAUUGAUGCCGCCACGCUGCAGGCUGUAGCUGCGCUGAUCAACGUGCUCUAUGACGAGGGUCAAACCCAACUCGGGCCCAUUACCGUCCACUCCGCUUUGCACCCGGCCCAUAAUGCCAUGCUCGAUGGCACAGAAGCCUACGGUGUAACCCGACGCCACGUUCAACAGAACAGCAGUCUCUCCCGUCUCAUUACCGACGAUGGUGUGCCCGAUCAAGACACCUCCAGUGCACUACCACCGCUGGUCGUAGAGUUUGGCGCCGGGCGGGCCCACCUUUUGCACUGCCUGCGUCACGCCCUCGGCUGGUCGAGCCCGGCAGCCUACUUGGCGUUGGAGCGCGAUACCAUCCGGCUCAAAGCCGAUCGAUAUCACCGGGCCCGACCCGAGCCUGCCGUCUCUUACUCUCGCUUACGAGCAGAUAUCGCCAACGUGGUGUUGGCAGCCACGGUUGAUGCCCAACCCCCUGACGUGUCGACCACACCCGCUUCCGCAGCCCCACUUCGACCGCUCGUGGCUUGUUGGAAGCAUCUCUGCGGCGCCGCAACAGACUUUGCCAUUCAAGCCAUUGUCCAUUACCAGGCUGCUGGCGGUGUGCUCCGACAUGUCACCGGAGCCACUUGCUGCCAUCAUCGCUGCACCUGGGGGACAUAUUGUAAUCGACCUUGGCUUGAGGCGCAUGGGGUGACGCCGGAUACCUUUGGCAUCAUGACUCGCAUGGCCACAAUGAAUGUGACAACCGCACAAAUGGUUGAACUUGGUUAUCGGUGCAAGCGGGCGCUUGAUUACGGCCGUGCUUUGUAUCUUCGGGCGCAACUAGGUGUGCCGCUAUGUUUGGUGGAGUAUGUGGACCAAAAGGUAACGCGUGAAAACGUGUGCCUCACCUCCCGCCAACCAGGAGCCAAAACUUAA